UUGUUACAAAAUUAUCAACAUUCCUGUUGUGUGUGUUAUUCUUGUAAGCACCAUCAUAAUUUCAUGAAUAGAAGGUAUUACGAAGCCAAGAAUUUUCAUUGGUAUUGACCCUAAUGCAUUUACCAGUCUAAGCUUCUUAGUCAUCCAACCACCAUGACCACUGAUAAUGUUGCAAUUAUUAUUACUUUCUAUUCCCUUCUUUCUCUCUAUCAUGGUACCUUUCAGAAUCUAUUAACAACAAAGAAACCAUGAGUAGUGGCGCCGCAUUUAAGGUUGCUGUGUUGGGAAGUGGAAUUUCAGGAGCCGUGUGUGCUUCAACUCUUGCCAGAAAUGGGGUUUCUGUUACUCUCUUUGAGUCAGCUAGAGGCCCCGGUGGACGCAUGUCUCAAAGAAGAGAGAAAACUGAAGAUGGGACGGAGCUGCAUUUUGACCAUGGUGCUCCAUUUUUCUCAGUUAGCAAGUUUGAAGUGUUGCGUCUGGUUCAAGAGUGGGAAUCAAGGGGUUUCUUAGCUGAGUGGAAAGAAAAGUUUGGCUCGUUUGAUUUUCACACCCUUAAAUUUAACAACAUAGAGCAGGAAGGAUUAAGCAAGAGAUAUGUGGGUGUUCCAGGAAUGAAUUCUAUAUGCAAAGCAUUAUGCAAUGAGAAUG